AUGGAGGGAGGAAAAAAAGACAACUCGAGAAAAAUUAGUAUUUUCUACCUUCAGAAAUUAAUGGCCAUGAGUUCGUACAUGGUGAACUCCAAGUAUGUGGACCCCAAAUUUCCUCCAUGCGAGGAAUAUUCGCAAAACAGCUAUAUACCUGAGCAGGGCACAGGCUACUACAACCCAUCGCAAGACACUGACUUCCAGCAUCCAGGGAUCUACUCACGGUCAAACUAUUCCGAGCCGCCCUACAGUUGUAAUACUGUGCAGGGCUCCACAGUGCAGCCGCGGGGUCAUGUACGGGAGCAAGGAACCCACACAAGCCCCUUUACCGCCCAGACCGAGCAGUGCCCCCCGGUCCAGAUAUCCGGGCCUCGGACUUGUGGACAACAAAACACAAAGAACCAAAACGGGAUAGCCAAGCAGCCUGCUAUAGUUUACCCAUGGAUGAAGAAAGUCCACGUUACUACGGUGAAUCCGGACUACACAGGAGGUGAACCCAAACGCUCACGGACAGCCUAUACAAGACAGCAAGUUUUAGAACUGGAAAAGGAAUUUCAUUUUAACAGAUAUCUUACCAGACGGCGUCGUAUCGAAAUCGCACAUACUCUUUGUCUCUCCGAGCGCCAGAUCAAAAUCUGGUUUCAGAACAGAAGAAUGAAAUGGAAAAAAGACCACAAAUUACCCAACACAAAGGGCAGAUCUGCAUCGGCUGCCAAUCAGCAUGUACAGCAUGUUCAGAAGGACAACCAGACUGAUAUCACAACUUUAUAA